AGAUUUAAGACAGAGGUUAACUAUGACACCCUGGAAGUAAGAGAUGGAAAAUCGUAUUCAUCGCCAUUGAUUGGGGUGUAUGAUGGCACACAGGUCCCACAGUUCCUGAUCAGUACCAGCAACUUCCUUUAUCUUCUCUUCACCACUGACAAGAGCCACUCUGAUGUUGGAUUUCAAAUCCGCUAUGAAACGGUAAAACUGCAAUCAGACCACUGCCUCGAUCCAGGAAUCCCUGUUAACGGUCAACGACAUGGCAAUGAUUUCUAUGUGGGUGCCCUUGUGACUUUCAGCUGUGAUCCAGGUUAUACGCUCAGCGAUGACCAGGCAUUGGAGUGUGAGCCAAAUUUUCAGUGGAGCAGAGCUCUGCCCAGCUGUGAAGCUCUUUGUGGAGGAUACAUCCAUGGCUCAAGUGGAACUAUCUUAUCACCAGGGUUUCCUGAUUUCUACCCCAAUAACCUGAAUUGCACAUGGACUAUAGAAACAUCACACGGGAAAGGUGUGUUUUUUUACAUUCCACACCUUUCACUUGGAAAGUGGUCAUGAUUUUCUUCUCAUCACAGAAAAUGGUAGCUUUACUCAACCACUAAAGCGCCUUACAGGGUCUAGAUUACCAGCUCCUAUCAGUGCUGGGCUAUUUGGGAACUUUACAGCACAA